AUGUUUCGGAAACCAGCGGACGAUGACUAUUAUGGUGGUAGUAUUGUGAAGGCUAAACCGCUACCGACUAAGUAUGCUCAGAAACUCGCGAUGGCUGGAAAGGAUUUUGUAACGGGUGGUUGUGAAGGAGGAAGCGGUGUCAGUGGCAAAGAAGCCACCUAUACACGCGAGUCUCUGUCGAGCAGCAACUGUUUAACGGACGACGAAAGAAAUAAGAUCUCCGCGAAGAUCCUCAAAGCGGAAAUGAGAGGGGACACGGAAACCGUGAAGAAGCUGAAACGAAAGCUGGAAGGCGCAGCAUCAAAGUCUGAGGAGUCAGAGAAAACUAUCGUUCUACUGAAGCGGGAUCGUUCCGGAAAUGUAGUGCCUUCUCAAAGUAGCAAACGCUCAUCAGAACACUUUGCUCAGUCGUCUUCACGGAUUCAGCGAGAAUUUGGGAAGGAGCAAGGUGUAAGAGAAAUGGUGCGCGAGGAAAAGUCUUCAACAGCAGAGGAUCAGCUCAUGCUUUUUCAUCGAUCAAUCAUAGUGAGUUACUUUUUCAUUAUGGUAUGUUUACGAGUUAUUUAUUUAAGGAAUGCAAAAUUUUUCGUCCAAGAAUUCGGUUUUCUGAAAACUGAGAAAACAUUAUACUUGUGCACUUUUUGA